GUGAGAGAGAGAGAGGCAGAGCAACAAGCCAGCGCCAAGAUGGCGGACCUGGGCAAGAAGUACUGCGUGAACUGCCUGGCGGACGUGACGAACCUGCGGCUGCGCUGCACAGAGUGCGCGGACAUCGAGCUCUGUCCCGAGUGCUUCUCCGCCGGCGCGGAGAUCGGGAAUCACCGGAGAUGGCACGGCUACCAGCAAGUGGACGGCGGCCGCUUCACGCUCUGGGGUCCCGAGGCGGAGGGAGGAUGGACCAGCAGGGAAGAGCAGUCGCUCCUCGAUGCCAUCGAACAGUACGGCUUCGGGAACUGGGAGGAUAUGGCGGCCCACGUGGGUGCGUCCCGCUCGCCUCAAGAGGUGAUGGAACAUUAUGUCACCAUGUACAUUCACGGUAACCUGGGGAAGGCGUGCAUCCCGGAGCUGAUCCCAAACCGCGUGACCGACCACACGUGUCCGGGCGGGGCGCCCCUCUCCCCGAGCCUCACUACCCCCCCGCUGCCGCUGGAGCUCACGUCGAGCGAACAGCAGCAGCUCGGGUACAUGCCGCUUCGCGACGACUACGAAAUGGAGUACGAACAGGAGGCGGAGUUGCUAGUCAGCGGCUUGUCCGUAAACUACGACGACGAGGAUGUGGAGCUCGAGAUGAAGUGCGCCCACGUCGAUAUGUACGUCCGGAAGCUACGGGAGCGCCAGCGCCGAAAAGAUGUCGCCCGUGACUACAGCCUCGUGAAUGCAUUUCUCGGGCGGGAAAAAAAGGACAAAAGUGCGGGCGGAGGUAGCGGUGCCGGUUUAACCCCGACGGUCGCGAGCUCGGCGUCGUCAGGUUCCGGGAAGCGCAAGAUUACCAAGGAGGAACGUGAGCAGCGGACAAAGCUACGCGCGCUCUGUCAGUUUAUGGCGUUUCGAGAUUUCGAGGACUUUUUCGACAACAUGCACAAGGAACGCGUGCUACGCGCCAAAGUCCGGGAGCUCCAGCGGUACCGGCGCAACGGCAUCACACGCCUCGAUGAGUCGGCCGAGUACGAGGCGGCGCGACACAAGCGCGAGAAGCGGAAAGAAAACAAGAGCUCCAAGAGAGGCAGUGGCGGCGGAGGGGGCGGCGGCGGAGCAGGGAUUGGAAUGGGAGGCGGAGCUAAUUCAGGAAGCGGAGCCAACGCAGGAGGCGGAGGCAGCACCGUCAAAGAGGAAGGAAAAGAUGGUGAAUUCUCAGCCAUCGAGCACUUACCGGGCUUCGAGCUCCUUUCCGACCGCGAGAAACUGCUGUGCAACUCUCUGAACUUGAGUCCGACUCGGUACCUGACGGUCAAGACUAUCAUAAUCAAAGAUCAUCUGCAGAAGCGACAAGGCGUUCCCGCCAAGAGCCGCUUACCAGGCUACCUGGAUAAGAUGCUGAAAAGACGCAUCCUGAACUUCCUUACCGAGAGUGGCUGGAUAUCGCGAGACGCCGCAUGACAUUCCCAUCUCUUAUAGUUUUUUUUU